AACGUAUUUUAAAUCCGCCAUUUUUAGGGUCUCGUUCUUCGGUUUUGUUAUUGUGCGGCCCCGUUUUCGUUUGGUCAAAAUUUUAUCGAACAGAAACCUCCGAGGAAGACGCAUGAGGCAACCGUCGCCAGACGGUUCAUCACUACGAUACGAAUCGAACGCGAAUUAGUAAGGAUCGUGGUUGUUUCGCGCGCUGUCAAAAUUGUAGACAUGUGGAAACCUUAGCUCCACUUUUCUUUUUGGAACGAUGAAGCUACGGUAGAGGCGACAUUUGGACAGGAAUUACUGGGAUCAGAAUGGGAGCGUUUCUAGACAAGCCAAAGACGGAGAAGUUUCUCGAGCAGGGUGAAGGAAAUGGACUCCGGUACGGUGUGGCCAGCAUGCAAGGUUGGCGUUUGGAAAUGGAAGAUGCCCACAUGGCGCGUACAAACCUGGGUAAUGCGUUAAAGGAUUGGUCGUAUUUCGCGGUGUUUGACGGGCACGCGGGGGCUAAAGUGUCGGCUCAUUGCUCGGAGCACCUUCUCGACACGAUAAUGGCAACGGAGGAAUUCCAGGAGGACGUAAUGAAAGGAAUCCACAACGGUUUUCUAAACCUGGACAACAACAUGCGUCUCCUCCCCGAGGUGUCUUCCGGGGAGGACAAAAGCGGCUCGACGGCCGUUUGCGCGUUUAUUUCUCCGCGACUCGUCUACGUGGCGAACUGCGGCGAUUCCCGAGCGAUUCUGUGUCAGUCGGGAGGGCCUGUGUUCACGACGCAGGACCACAAGCCCAGUUUGCCGACGGAAAAGGAACGAAUAGUGAAGGCGGGCGGGUCCGUGAUGAUUCAGCGGGUGAACGGGAGCCUGGCCGUGAGCCGCGCGCUCGGCGACUACGAGUACAAGAAUUUGGAGGGUCGCGGUCCGUGCGAGCAGCUGGUGUCGCCCGAGCCGGAGAUUUUCGUCAGGGACAGGGAGGAGUCGUCGGACGAGUUUCUCGUUUUGGCGUGCGACGGUAUUUGGGAUGUAAUGAGUAACGAGGACUUGUGUGCGUACAUCCGGUCGCGAUUAAAAAUUACUAGUGACCUGCGGGAAGUUACCAGUCAAGUAAUUGACACCUGUUUGUAUAAGGGUAGCCGUGAUAAUAUGAGUAUUAUAUUAGUUGUUUUCCCUGGAGCGCCUACUGUUUCGGAAGAGGCUGUUCGCGCGGAAACUGAGUUGGAUUUAACACUUGAAAGAAAAGUUAAAGAAAUAAUUGAACAGAAUGAAGACAUCCAUUUCGGCAGUGUGCUGACGAAAAUAUUAGCUUUAAAUAUUGAAGGUUUACCACCAGGAGGAGGUCUGGCAUCCAAGAAAUCGUUAAUAGAACAAAUAUAUAAAAAAAUUUGUCCCGAAUUAGCAGAUACAAAUGAUCAUAACGAUAAAGACGAUGCCAUUUAAAAAUUAGAAA